CUGGUCACACAGCCACUUGUUGAUUCAAAUGUUGUAAACAAAAAAGUAAACUAAUGUCUUGGCCUGGCAAACUGCUAGUUACCUACGAAAACUUCACCGCCGAUUUGCCAGUUCUCAGCAUUGACAAGCAGCCAGAUGGAUGCCCCGCCUGCUGCAGCUGCAGGUGCAAGUGCUGUCGAGGAUUCAGGGAGAAAUACGUGGCAUUCAAUGGCGAAGGAGACACCAUAUUUGGACCUGAUUUCUCCAACCAGUUAUGCGAAGACGUACAGAAAAUUAUGCGUUUCCGCAGCUCUGAUGUGCUCGUUUUACUGCGUACAGCACAAUUGCGGGAUAAUUUCUGGACCAAUGCGUAUUUUAAGGCUGAUUUACAAGAGGAUUUUCGAGUUAUAAUCAAUGUCUUUGAAGACGAAAACCGAAAAGUCCAAUUGGAAAAGCUAGCUGCCAUUCUGGAUACAGUGAGCACCGGCUACAGACGAGCAGUUAGCCAACUAACUGGACAGGAAGCACAUGGAGCUCUGCGUCCCAAAAUUGCAGCUUUAUUCCUACCAGGACUACGCUGCGAUUGCAAUAAAUGUGAGAAGCUGCCGUGGAAAAAGCUGCAGGACGUGGAGGAUCACCAAAGGACUCAUCGCUACGCAGACAACUUUCACUGCCAGAUAUGCUAUAGGCGAUUCUACCUGCAGCACUCAUUGACCGCGCACAUAAUCAGGAAGUCAACCAGCUCGCAGGAACUCCACGAAAACAAGAGAUACAAACGAUUGCUGGAGGAUCAGAAGUCACAGGAGCAAAAGGAACUGGAGUUGGCACCUGGCAGAGUAGAAGGUGUAUUGGUGCCAGUUGCCAAGAACCUGCAGUCGUACUUCAAGGAGGAAUCGAAACUGGCAAUCCGAAAACGAACGACUACCCUCAGCAAAUGUCCAACCUGCGAUCAGAACUACGGCUUCUCCUUCAGCCACCAGCUGCACAUGGUGAAGCACAGACGGGCGCACCUGGACACGAACUUCCCCUUUCACUGCUCCUUCUGCAACAGGUCGUUUCUCACCCGGAAGUUCCUGCUUAAGCACCAGAAGCGGGUGAGAACAGUCAGCACGCUACUCUAUCGUCCAUUCAAGUGCACUCACUGCACAUGGAGAUUCCAGCUCAAGUCCGCCCUCGAUGCCCACGUACUGCGCAUCCAUGAGCGCAGGAAACCCUGUCUCAUAUGCAAACUACCAACGCCCCGUCUAUGCUGUUCAGCUCAUACCACCAGGGAGUGCAAUAAGGCCUUGCAAAAAUAUCGGGAUAAAAUGCGUCCGUUGAGAGGAGCUCCGAAGGGCGGCCGCAGGAAGGAAGCCACGCCAGUCUGCGAAAUCUGCAAUAGGAAGUUCACGAGAAAGUUCUUCCUUAAUGAUCACAUGAACAAGGCACAUUUGAACAAGAGGAACUUCACCUGCGAAAUCUGCGGAGCAAAUUUCUACAGCCAGGGCACCAUGCAAACCCACCGGAAAGCAGUGCAUCUUCUGAUUCACACCAUCAAGUGUGAAGUUUGCGAUCUGAUCAUCAAAUCGAAGGGAAACUACCUGAGGCACUGCAAGUCCCAAAGUCACAAGGAUAACCUUCUUAAGCUCGGGAAAUCUGAUGACAACACGAAAGAAACUAAGCGCAAGCAGCGUUUUUCUACUACUUCUAGAGCCACCGAGAAAAAGCUGGAUUUUGGAGCAAGUUCGUCCACAAACAGGGAAAGUACACAUGGUUUUAAGAACUCGAAAACAAGUUGCAGAUUGAAAAAACGAGUCAAACUUAAAUUCUGCGAAACGUGUGGAAUCUCAAUUGUAGGAAGUAUGCAAAGGCAUUACAAGACCAUGAAACAUAAACUUAACUUAAAGGCUCAGCAAAAAUAAUCAGAAAUGAAUCUAAGAUGUUUAGCUUAAUAUAAAUAAAUAUACAUAAAUUGUUGCAUA